GCCGAUGCCAAGACCGUGCCAAAACGGAGUGCCAGCCGUGCAGUCGCUCUUUUCCGCCCGAUCGCUGAGCUGGCCGCACGCGCAUACAUAAUCUCCAGUCAUGCCGCCCAAAUUCGAUCCAAAUGAAAUCAAGAUUGUAAAACUAAGGGCUAUUGGAGGCGAAGUGGGUGCCACUUCCUCCCUGGCCCCUAAGGUGGGUCCCCUCGGCCUCUCCCCCAAGAAGGUCGGCGAAGACAUCUGCAAGGCCACAAGUGCCUGGAAGGGCCUUAAGAUCACAGUGAAGUUGACGAUUCAGAACAGACAGGCAGCGGUUGAGGUUGUGCCUUCAGCUGCUGCUCUGCUCAUCCGGGCACUCAAGGAGCCCCAGAGAGACAGGAAGAAGGUAAAACACGUGAAGCACAAUGGCAGCGUGAGCCUCGAGGAAGUGUUCAACAUUGCCCGCAUUAUGAGACCACGCUCCAUGGCCAAGCAGUUUGUGGGAACAGUGUUUGAGAUCCUGGGCACAGCCAGGAGCGUUGGCUGCUCCAUCGAUCACAAAAGUCCUCUGGAGAUCCAGGAAGCCAUACAGUCCGGGGAGAUUCAGGUCCCAGACGAGUGAUCGCCUCCAUGCUGCAGCUUCCAAGGAUUAAAAGAUAUAUAUUACAAUAAAGAGAAGAAUUUA